GAGGGCUCCCGCUGCGGUUUGGUGCCAGCUGUGAAACUGAUGAGGGAGCGGGAAGCGGGGCUCGCUCGCUCCCUGUCUGGGGAGGAGGCUGCGAGCCCGUGUGUGUUUAGAAAGCAAAGAGCCAGUCCCACCCCCGCCCCGCCCCCGCCCGCCCGGUUAGCUCUGCUCCCGGCUGGCUCCGAGUCUAGCGCGCUGCGAGCCCAGCGCUGGCCGGGGGCACCGCCGGAGGAGCGGGCAGGCGAGCAGAGGGGGCACAUGCGGCUUCGGCGGUAGGGCGAGCAGCCCGACAUAAACCAGAGCCAGGCAGAACAAAGCUCUGUCACAACUGUGCUUCCUGGUUGUCGCCUCCUGCCUGCAAACCACUGAACAUUUUCCACUUGAUAUCAUCAUGCAGAAAGGGAGAAACGAGACGCAAUGAGAGAUUCAGAUACCAAAAGAUUAAAGUCAGAUGCUCGUCUACAAACUUCCUAACCAUUGUCCUUCACUGGUGAGAUAAAAGGAAGAAGUCGUGGAAAGAGAGGAACUACACCAGGCUUCAGAUUUUGGACUAUACGGCAAGACUUUGUAAGAUACUCGGUGUUUUCUCCAUUAGGGCUACAAUGGAGAUACUGUCCCAGGACUCUCUGCUGGAAUGUCAGAUUUGUUUCAGUUAUUACAGCCCCCGACGGAGGCCCAAGUUGCUGGACUGUAAGCAUACCUGCUGUUCUGUUUGCCUUCAGCAGAUGAGGACAAGCCAGAAGGACCUGAGAUGUCCCUGGUGCCGAGGUAUCACUAAACUGCCACCGGGAUUUUCUGUAUCCCAGCUGCCUGAUGACCCAGAGGUGAUUGCUGUGAUUGCAAUUCCCCAUACUUCAGAGCACACCCCAGUCUUCAUCAAACUUCCUAGCAAUGGGUGCUACAUGUUGCCCUUGCCCAUCUCCAAGGAGAGAGCGCUGUUGCCAGGAGACAUUGGCUGUCGCCUCCUGCCAGGUAGUCAGCAAAAGUCUGUCACUGUGAUGACAAUCCCAACUGAGCAGCAGCCCCUGCAAGGAGGGAUCCCGCAGGAAGUCGGAGAGGAGGAGCAAGACAGGAGGGGCGUUGUGAAAAGCUCCACCUGGUCAGGUGUUUGCACUGUGAUCUUGGUGGCGUGCGUCUUGGUCUUUCUCCUUGGUAUUGUUCUCCACAAUAUGUCUUGCAUUUCCAAGCGUUUCACUGUGAUUUCCUGUGGCUGAAAAGGGUCUGCUCCCAGAAUACUCCGAUGGGAUAAUUAUGGGGUUGGGAAGGUGGUGGUGGUGAUGACAGGCUCGAGUGAGAUGAUGCACUGCAACAUUGACCAAUUACUACAGAACGCUUGACACCGGACAGCUGUUUGACAGUCUAAAGGCAGUCCUAAAAGGCGAAACGUGAGACCUCUCAGCAGAGUACAGAGAAAAUCAUAAUGAGCAUCUGAUGGUAACUGCAUUGAGGAAAACUGCAUGUGUCACCAUCCUCAUUGAUCAAAUGGACUGUAACUUCUAAUGAUUUUUAUCAUGUUAUGAGACUAAAGACAUCUACUUAGCUGGUUAUACUGUAAAAGUAUAUGAUAUGAUCACUCUGUCUUUAAAUGCAGUAGAUUAAAAUCAAAAUGCUAUAUGUAUAAGUAGAAUUAAACAUGAGAAUCAGUGUAAGACUCAGUAAAGAUAGUCCAAUGCCAGUCCAUACAUUUUUUUUUUUUAAUGGGGGGUGAAAGGGAACUGUAAAAAAAAAAUUCAUUUAGUUAGUAAGGCUUUUUAUAUAUUUUAAAUUGCACAUUAAUUAAAAUAAGUUAGAAAGUUGCAUAAUAGUUUUUAAAAGGAAACAUUUUACAAGCGGUUUGUGUUUCGUAUCUGAUGUGUGUUUUGUCAUAUACUUUCAUUUUGUUUCCACCUGUAGUGAAGUGUCCUUUCCAAGUGUUUUGUUAAAGCAAGAUCCAAGCAGAGGAGCAAUAAAGUGAACAAAUAGGGCUACCUAAAAGUGCAGCCAAAGCCCUGCGGUGUAAGCACUGUCAUGAAGUAUGGCUUUGAAGUGUAAACACUGGACGCGCUGUUUCACCUCAGGCAGGCUUCUCAAGGCUCUGAUCUCCCUGGGGAUUAGUGAAGAGAUGGGUCAUAGAAGUGCUGGACAUGCUUCCUACAAGGACUGGAUAGCAAAUUGAUUUUUAGAAUAUGGGACCAGCCUUGCCUCCAUGUUCAGUCAUAGUUGCAGCUGUGUCAUUAUUGACAGUAACUUGAUGGAUGCCUAGAUGACGGAACAGAAAUUGAGGUCUCAUUGUGCCAAGCAUUGUACAAAUAUCUCAUCUCAAAGGGUUCAUGCUCUACAUAGAUAAGACAGACCAAUGAUGGGAAACAGGUUGAGGAGGGAAAGGGACUUGCCCAAGGUCACAGAUCAGGUCAGUGGCAGGACUAGGAACAGAACCCAGGGCUCUUGAGUCUAAGACUAGUGCUUGAUCCACUGGACCAUGCUGCCUCUCCUAACCCCCUGGCGUCACACUGGUGUAAAACCUAUGUGAGAUCAUAAGCAGGCCCUGUGCCUCCUUUCAGUGAUAUAAACCUUGCUACUCUUAGGGCCAAAUGUGAAACUUCCAAAAGGAAAUGAUAUAUUUUUUACUGCAUGUUGACAUUACAAAGCCCAUGUGACUGCAAUUCAUUGCUCAUAAAGGGCCAGAUAAGGAUACUUAUGCUAACACCUCACUUAGCAAGACAGUUCAUCACCUUUUGUGGGACUUCUUGUGGAGUAAGGUAUUCAGCAUGAGUAAGGGUAUCAGAAUCUGGCUGAAAGUCUGGAUUUGUUUGAUUUUUUUUUUUAAGGGUCAGAGUGGGAUUUGUGGUAGAAAAAAACUAUUGGUUUGCCUGAUUUGUAUUGCUAGUAUGAAGAAUGAACAAUUACACAGGUGUAAGCACAGUGAACAAUGACCUCUAAUCUAUUACUAAUAUGCUUUCUAAUAGUUAAUUUGAGAUGAUUCAACCCUAUGUAAUAACACUGGAGAACCUUGUUCCAACUGAGUUAGGUGCAUAAAGGAAGUCAGUGGUGUUGCACCAGUGCAACUGAGGAAAAAUUGGUUCAUUAUGAACAUCAUUCUCAUUUGAAAAUAAAAUACAGAGCACAUAUCUUCCUUAGUGCUAGAUUCUCUCUUCUCUCUCCCCCCCCCACUUUAUGUCUGUUCUCUAAAGAAUGGCAUAUAUAUGCCUGAUUGUUAAAUUAUAUAUGUAAGGUUACGCAUGAAGAUAAAGCUCCUGGUGCACUGUGCCUGCUUUUAUCUACUGUCAUUUGUGAGGGCAUAACAAAGAAAAUACCCCAGAGGUGACACAUUUGUUACCUCUUUUUAUCCACUAAGAAAAGCACAUGCAGAACCAUAUGCAAUAUGCAGAGAACCUGGUUUACAAACGCUUCUUAUAAACGUUAUGCACCUGGACAUCAGUGAACGUGGGGUGUAAUAGGAAGGAAUAUUAAUUCCAAACGCAUGCGGUAUUAAAAUUGUUAAUCUGUGUCAUCGUCUUGUAAGGAAAACUGUAUUUACAUCCAUGUUACAUGUUAGCAUGUAAUGGAGCUGUAGCCGGCUAAUAUUUCUGCCUUCAUAAGACUCCAUGCUAGAAUACAGUUAAAGGACAUACUGCUCUACUGCCUCGCCCCUUGUAAUCAUGUACCCUCGCAGCACGUGAUGGGGGGGCGUGGGCGUGAAAUGCUACCAGAUCAGAAUGGCGGUGCUUGACACUGAUUUUGCACUCACUGAGCACAAGUGUAAAUGGCUAGACAAGAUACAAGACAGUGGAGUAGAAGGCCCUGUGAGUACAAUACUAAUAAUAUUAACAUUGGAAUGACCAUAAAAUGCCUAACUGAAGCUCUUGACAAAGCAGGUUCUCUUGAUCUUUUCAAAUAAUGUCUCUCAUAAAAGGUGCUGGUUUUCCUUCCCCACACGAAGAGUGUAGUUGGAAGGAUAAACCAGAAAUUAGGUUAAAAUGCUACACUGCAUAACACAUUUCAUAACAGGCAAAUAUGGGGUUUAAUCUGGUAUUAAUGAUGUAGGCAUCAUCUGACUAGAACACCAUACUGUAUUACUUAACACAGUGCAUUGUUUGGUUAGUGUGAGUUUCUUGUGCUAUUCAGAGCCUGCUGAAAUGCAUGGCUGACCUAAUUUCUGAUUCUGAUAUUUGCCUGUUUUACAGUUUUUGUGUGAGUGCAAUAAAUAAAACCUCAAGAUUUUUUGUGGGUUAAUGCCUAUUCAAAAAUAUAAUUUUAGGGGGAAAGUUUCUUCUUUGUUUUAGGCAGUGCAACUAUCAUUGAAAUUUUGCAACUUUCAUAUCAUGUUAGAUCACAUAGCUUUAUGCUGAUGAGUGUAGAAAUGAGCUGUAGUAUAUUGCAAUGUACAGUGUUAGACCAUUUCUCAAGUAGGUUAAUAUUCAUACUUUAAAAUGCAGUGUGGUCUAUUCCGUUUUAUAGUCCUCAGUACAAGACCUGGCAUUCAGAAAGGAGACAGCUAUCUAUGGCUAUGACUUUGCAAAAUGUGUUAGAGAAAUUAUUCCCAGGAAAAACAUUUAAACUCACAUAAUAUCCCAGUUCUGCACCAAUUUCAUGCCAAAAUGAUCAGCUCCUGGGUAGGUUCUUAAUCCUUGUAUAUCAGCGACUCUUUUGAUCACUACUCAGUUCUUGAAAAAGGAAGACAAACUUUUAUUUUUUUAUGGCAUAAGUACUAGUUGAGCAAACAUUAUUUAUACUAAAUCUUGCCUGAAGUUACUUAUGCACCUGCAUUUUUGGACAACCUUUAUGAAGGUGUAUUAUUUGAUUGUUUACCGGAGAGUACAGCUUCUUUUAUUUUAAAGGUCUCAGCUUCCAUUUUUAGCUUGUGCUUUGCUGGGUGACAGAAAUAGGGUUCACUUUGUGAAAGUUUGUUCAGUGAAUUUUACAAAUUCAAAAUAUGCAAUUUUGUUAUGUGCAAUUUUUUUAGAAAAUUGUGUAUUAAGUGAUCAUGCUUAGAUGAUAUGGAAAGAAGCAUAGUAGUUUUGUAAACAGGGAGCAAUCGUGAGUCUAAAGUUUCAUCUUUAUUAAUGAAGUUUGGUAUGAAUAAAAUAUUAGCAGGAAUAGAUGAAUACAUCAAGUGAGUUAUGGUUUCUCUAGUCCUUCACCUUAAAAUGAACAGCACAGUGAGUAACUCAGUGGAAUUAUUCUGUAUUUACACUAGUGUAACCAAAACUAGCAUUUGGCUGUGUUCCUCAAGACAAAUUUUUUAAGUAUGGGCUGUGGCAAGUUUUCAAAAUGUGUGUGUGUGUGUGUUGGGGGGUAGUAGUUUUGUUGUUGUUGUUAAAUAGUUGAUUUUUAGUAGAAAUUACAUCUGAUGACCACAGAGCUACAAAGAUUUUCUUUUCUGCUUCAAGUGAUUUUAAAAUUUGUGAGUGAAUUUAUUCCUUACAAAGGUGAGAUAUUACUGGCAUUAGCCUGAGCAUGUAUUGUGCAGGCAGGUAUGCGUCACCUCCCUACCUGCACCCCUCCUCCCCCAAUCAUGCCAGUGCUCCUUAAUCCAGAUCAGCCAACUCCUAUCCUCUGCUAGUGUUACAGGCAUGAGGCUUUUCUUGAAUGGAGAUUAUGCAUUUAACAAAUCCACUGCAAAAUAAGCAAACAGGGUGAGGAUGAGACCAAACAAUUUAUUUUCACUUGUGACUGAUACAUGAUUUGAAUCUACUAUAAGCCUACACUUUAUCUAGAUUUUUUGUGUGUGUGUUAAUACCUAUUGCACUAAGGUAACAUUGUGACCUGUUCAUCAGUGAUUGGCCAGAACCAAAAAUCCCAGAUCUAAACACACUUCUGUGAAUUCAAGCUGUAUUACAACACAAUAAGUCAUACAGGAGACAUCUAUAUGUCUAGUAAAUACAUUUAGUGGAAUGCUGGCUUCAAAAUGUUUCCUCUUGCCAGCUGCCCAGGGUAUGUGGUUUUAAAUUUGGGGUUUUCUUUCUUUCUGGGAGGAAUGCGUGAUGACAAAUGAAUCCAAACAUCACCCAGGAGGCUAUAAGGAUUCAUAUACAGUUAAAGCAACUUUAUGUUUUGAGUAUUUAGCAGGGCAAGAUUCUACUGGAAUGCUGGAAUGGAAUUACAGCAUAUUAAUGACCUUUCCUUUCCUUUACACUGUCCUUAGGCCUGACAGCUGGGAUUGUUCUUCUUUCUUUCUCUCUGUCACGUUAACAUUUUGCAUGCCAGUAUUGACCCAAGUGAAACUACACUGCUUGUUUCACGACAUUUCUCAAAGUGCCCUUAGCAUCUUUAGCAAAUGAGCACUUAUGUGUUGUCUAAGCGGUUGAAAUUUAAAGCCUUAUAAAUGUCCAGGGAAUGCAUUUUUACAGCAUUCAAUUAAUGCUUCAGUAAAUAUCUCUUUAUUUUAGAUCUAAACAUUAGCUAAAUUUUCACUAAGCAGUCUACUAAACACCAGAAGCAGGGAUUAGAGAGGAUUCACACACAAACACAUAUAUAUUAAUAUCAUAUUGAAGCCAAUAUGCAUACUGGUAAAGUGAGGACUUACAUGUGCUCAUGGGAACAUGAGAGGGAGGAAGGUUUUGAAAGCUGAGGGGAGCGCGUGUACACACACAGCGAGACUCAGAAGAUUAUCUGUUACCAAGGAUUGAGUGGAUCAUUAGUAACCAAGAAUGGACGAAUGCUGUCUGGCUAUACUGGGGGUGUUGUACACCCUGAGGCAGCUUCUUCCUUGUGGAGGAGUCCACACCUCUGCCUCAGUUCCUUGUGAUAAGCUGCCUCUUAUCCUAUGCCCUGGCUGCUGCCCCCUAAACUGCCCCCCUCCCUAAACACUGGAGUUCCUGGAUCCUGUUGGGACUGCCCAUCUUGUAUCAAUGCUGGAGUAGGUGCUGCAUCCUGGCCUGGUGUUCAGGUGAGGAGCCAUUGAACUGCUGCUUGCCUGGGGACUGUACAGAGGCUUCUGCCUGAGGUGGGAUGAGAGGCCCUGAAAUGAGCAGGGCUGGAAGGUUGGGUUUUGAGAGUUAUUAAGGGUUUGUCAAAUGAGCAAGUGGCUCAUGAAAUUAGCGGGGAGCCGGAACUGUCAUGAAGAUGUCUUGAAUUGUACUGAUUGGGAUGAAGAGAUGUGGAGGAGGGGCAAAAUUGAAUGGAGGGAUGAUUAGGCAGUGGCUUGGAACUGGUUAUUUGUGGUAAGUGGAGACAUUUAUCAGGCACAUUUGAGCUGAAUUAGAUUAGUUAUUUCUGAUGCCUGGGAGUUAGAUGGUUUGUCAUAUCAUAGCUCAAGUGUGGUUUGGCCAGGCAACUUGAAAUUUUGGUUAAUUCAGAUCUUGGACCCCUUUGAUUAUUUUGGAAGUUAAGUUUUCUGCCUAAUUAAGAAAUUUGCAAAGUGCAUGGGCUAUUCUAGGGUUGUGAGAAGUCCUUAAAUCCUGGGAAUAGCAUGAGUUACAAGCAUGCUUCUAUUGAAGGCCAAAUGUAUGGAAAGCAGAUGGUCAUAUCCCAUUGCAAAAAUAAACUUGACUGACAAAAUUGGCAAGAAAAGUCCAGAACAACUCCACAAAGCUCUUUAGACAUUCCAUGUUAAUGUCACUGUCACGCCUGUUUGAUUUAAGAAGUUGUUUAGUUGAAGACAAAGGCAGUAUUGCUGUACUUCACAUAUGUAUGUAAGAAAAAAUUAGGGUUAUAUAAGAGGGCUGGGUUUUUCUGUUUUGUUUUUCAAGUUGAUGUAAAUAAGGCAAUUGAGAAAGUCGAGUAGUUACUUGCCCAAGAGUAUUUACCUGUCUAUUUUAAGAAUUAUAAAGCGUAUCUUAUGUCAUUGCAUCAGUCUUGAAAAUUUCCAUCACCUAUCCCCAAUUGCAUGCACUGAAUGGUUCUGAAUUUCUGUGGUGAGACCCAUUAAAGAGGGAUUUGAGUCUCGAUCAAUAACUGAGGACUUGUCUGACUUGUCAGGUUGCUUAACUUCAGAUUCAAAUUUCACUUCUCAGUUCCAAAUAUAAGUUGUAUGUAGUCCUUAAAGAAUUGGAAAUUGAUUGUCCUAUUACUAUGAAUAACUAGAUUCUGUUUAUUUCAUAUCUCUGAGCUCAUGGGUCAGUUUUCAGUAACAUACAAAUGUUGUAGCUAGUCUUUUUACCUCUGUUGAUGGAAUAAAUGUAAUAAUUUUUUUGGUGAAAGUUUGUGGUUCCACUCCAGAGAAAGAUUAUAUGGAAUUUAAGAAAGUGAAGCUGAUAGGUCGAUGUUGGUUCAUUUUUAAAAUCAACUUGUCCCAUAGUAGAAAGCAGAGCCUUUCUACUACGGGAAAGGAAUGCCCAGUUCUCAAAGUAUCUGAGCCAAUCUCCUGGCUGAGCUGCUUAUGUAUAGUUUCACAUGUAAAUAAUUUGGUGAAUUAUAAUGCUUCUCAAAUUCUAAAAUUUGCUUAAGAAAUGUAUUUCUUUAAACAGUUGGGCUCUGAGUCAGGAAAACAUCCCUAUUUGAGAAAGCUCUUAUGCAUUGAGUUAAAUGCACUUAGGCACAUGCUUAAAUUCAGUACAUGCUUUAGUGCUUUCCUGCAUAGGGAUGGCUUUAAGCAUGGGCUUAGGUGCUUCUUGAAUCAUGGUCAAUCUUUUGAAUCAUUUUCAAAAGCAUAUGAAAAGUAGCUUUGCCCUGAAGAAACUUUAUUUUGCAACUUAAAAGUAGGAUUAACAGGGAGAUGCUUUUGUGACUGUAAAUCCCAUAGUACAGCUGUUUUCAAGUAGAACUGGUUGGAAAUUUUCUGAUCGGACAUUUUUCUACAGGAAAAUGCUGAUUUGUCAAAAUUAAAACAUUUUGCAGGAACCUGUCUAUUGGUUUCCGUCCAGCUUGCCUGCUUCAUGGGCUGCCACAAAACCAGGACUGGGGACCCUGGUUUUUAGGCUUCCCCAGGUUCUUGAUAGCCUGGGCAGCUUAGGGACCUCACCAAUUUUGUUCUGAGUAAGUCCAAAUAGAAUUUUUAUUUAUUUAUUUUUUUUAAACUAAAAUCUCAGACUCCCCUGGAUUCCAUGGAAAACUCAGAAAUCUUGAGUUUUUGUUCUGAUGCAGGACAGAAUUUUUCAGGGCUUUGGAGCUGUGCUCCGGCUCCGCUCCAGCUCCAGGAAAAAACCUGCAGCUCCAGUGCUCCGGAGCUGCUCCGCGCUCCAGCUCUGGGCUCCGCUCCAAAGCCCAUGAAUUUUUAAAAAUGAUUUUUUGGGGUUUUACUAUCAAAUGGGAAUUCUGGGUUCCAACCAGCACUAUUUUCAAACAUUUGAAUAUAGAAGCAUGUAGUAACAUACCUAAAGAUUUUUUAAUUUCCUCUAAGUUCUGUUUUUAAUUGCCCACUAUACACAUCCUGUAGAGCACUCAACUCACAAAAAAAUCUUAAGUGACAAAAAUAACAAAACCCUGGAGAUUCUAAUGACUUUUUCUUGCUGAGGUGAGCUAAGGCACUAACUAAACCUAUAGAUUGAUCUAGCUGUCUCCCCAUUUAAUUCGGAUAGUUGCUAAACUAGUCAGACACACUGAAGCUGCAAGUUUUUUGUUUUUUCCCAUCUAGGUUAGACAAGACAAGACAGGCCUGCUGCAUAUCUGGAUUUAGCAGGGAGAUAAGGGCUGUAAAAUGUGACUACUAGUGAGUGUAAUAUUGUGGUAUACAAAUUAUUGCAACAUUUAGUGCCUUUGGUCAGUCAUCCAGGCAGGUCAAGUAUCUUGUGGAAUGCUGCUAAGAUUAACAGAUAAUUCAAAAACAAAACAAAACAACCAGAUACUGUCUGUGUUUGUUGCUAGUGAUGUUUGAUCCAUCUGGCUUUUUUUGGUUUGGGUCUUUCUUCUUGUCUCUUUCACAACAGAAACAGCACGCACAAAAAAUAUUCAUCCUCAUUACAUGAAUGCAGUCUCCUUUCUCCUGUUCUGACCUGUAUUUAAGCCCUGGAUUUCUUUGUAAAUUUGCCUCACUAAUGAUAAAUUACCCAUAAAUAAGUGCCACACCUUUAUGCUGCAGCAUUCUGAAUGAUGAUAAAGCUAAACAAUGGAAGCAGUGUACAACAGAACAAGGAACCUCACCAACACUUAAAAAGUUGUAUCUUUUUUUAUCAGUCUGCUAUUUCCAUCAUCAGUCCCAUCAUCUAUUUUAAAUGAAUAAAUUGCAGUAUUUCACCCUUAAAAUUACCCAGAUUUUUCUAAAAACAAAUGAAAAGAAAACAAGAUAUUUUCAUGUUUGAUUUUUCAAAAAUAAGAUAGUACAGGAGCUGUAAUUUGAAAAUGAAUUGAAUUUUUUUUAAAGCUAGUGCCUCAGUGGUGAGGGUAUUGUAAUUAAUUUAAUUUUUUUGGGGGUAGGAAACAAAUAGAAAUUCAUGAUUUGGAUUUUCAGUCCUGACUAGUUUCAGAUGUAUGUGUGUGCUUCUGUUUGCAAUACAUCAUAAAUGCUGUAACAGCUGGAAACUGUGACACAAAAUCUUAAUAAAAUCUCACAUGUUGCGAAUUAAGUUUAAAAUGCUUAUUGAAAGGUGGGAAAGUUUUUGUGGCACAGGACAACUUAACUUUUAUUGACUUUGAGCCUUUGUAGUGAUCUAUGUGGUGUUAAUCCUGAGUCUCACCUGUGUCACAUCAGCAAUCAGGCCUUUUGCUUCAUUAAGCCAUUUGAUGGACUCAGCUAAUGAGAAUCUACAUGCUAUGUAAUAUAUGUAAAGGUAGCUAUAAUUUUAUAAAUCUGCAAUGAGGAGCCAUCUAUCAAUAAAGAUCAGCCAGGUUUAAAUCGGUUAAACCUUUGCUUUAGUUUAGUGACCUGGAUUUUGCCUGAGGAAAAGACAUCUUAUAUAAAUGACUUUAUACUUGGACACUCAGGAAAGUGAACUAAGCUAACUGAAUUAAGGCCAUUUAAAUUCCAAAUGAGUGUGUCCACACAGCGGUUUAAUGCAAAAUAUCCAAUCCAUUUUAAAUUCACACCCAGAGUUAAUUCGGAUUAAUUUUCCUGAGUGUCCCUGUGUAGAUAAGCCUUAAUUCACUUCUACAGGAUUUGGCCCAAUUGGACCAAGCAGGAUUUAGCCCACUGUUAUACUAGCAUGUGCUGAAAUGAAGUAUGAACUUGUCUUACUACAAUUUUUCCUCCUCUCUAGAAUCAAUCAAUCUGUAAGGACAUACUAUAGGUUUUAUCAUAGCUGGAACAGUCAAAUACAUCUGUGAUAACAUCCUUGCAGUCUUAUGCUUUGUUGCCUAGUGGUUACCAUAAAAAUUAUUCCAGGGAAGUAGUUAAGAGAAAUCUGAGAACCUUGCCAUAAGCUUCCUCUUCUAGGUUUUCAAGUAGUUAGACCUAUUCCUUAUACCUCUAUAUUCCAAGAAAUGAGGGACCACUUUCCUUUAUACCAGUGGUUCUCAAACUUUUGUACUGGUGACCCCUUUCACAUAGCAAGCCUCUGAAUGUGACACCCCCUUAUAAAUUAAAAACACUUUUUAUAUAUUUAACACCAUUAUAAAUGCUGGAGGCAAAGCGGGGUUUGGAGUGGAGGCUGACAGCUCGCAACCCCCAUGUAAUAACCUCACAGCCCCCUGAGGGGUCCCGACCCCCAGUCUGAGAAUUCCUGCUUUAUACAUCGUCAUGCGAUAUGGAAAAAGUAGCCCAGAAAUAGGCUGAAUACCAGUCAAAUGCUGCUGCUUUUGCUGAGCAGUCUUAGGUUAUUGUGCCACUUACAUAAUGUUUUGCUGUGGCUUCUAACACCCCCUCUUUUUUUUUUCUUGGUUUAAAUUAUUUUCUUCUUUAAUGUCCAACAAGAAAAAGAGACACAAAGAAGAGUAAAGCUGUUCUUAAUUCAGGUCACGUUUGCACCAUCUGCUCUAUGGCUAUUUAAAUGUUGUCACAGGAAAGCAGUGGUUGCCCCUGUUUUUCAUCUAAAUGAGUGCCAGCAGGGUUCCUGUUGCAGAAACUAAACCUGACUAUGCAGAGGGUGCCUGUGUGCAUGUGUGUUAAGCCCUGGAAUUAAAGUGUGGAGAUCUGCAGAUGUGGAGCACUUGCUGGAAAACUCAAAGGGAGCAGCUGUGAGAUCCAGUCAGGUGACUUUUCUACAUAUUAGAGCUGACAUUUCCAAGGGACAAUCAAAACAGAAGCCAAUAGUCUACCAUGGUGUAUGGGAAAUACAUUGAAAAGAGUAAUGAUGGAGUCAGUGCACACAGACAUGUUCUCUAGGGAAGUCAAUUGUCAGCAUUCCAAUAUUAGUCCAAAUUACUUGCAAUUGAUUUCAGAUCAGAUUGCUUCAGCUACUCUGUUUCUAAUAGCUCCAGUCUCCAGGAGUGUUUCAAGCAAACUGUAAACUAAACAGUCUCAGAAAUCCAGUAGUCCUGACUGGACUUCCUUUGCAUUUUGAACUAACCUUAUUAGCAAAGGUUGCUAUAUUGGCAAAUUCCACAGGAAGGAGUGAGGAUACUUGUCCUGAUCAGUACAGACAAGUUUCAGGAGCUGUUAACAAAACAAAACAAUCCAGCAUCAUCAUGACAGCUGAAGCACCUCUCAGUGCCAGUACAAAGACUUAUAAGACUGGCAGUGAUAUAUAAUAAUACUCUCUCCUUCUCUCUCUGUGUGGUGUGUAUAGACAUGUUUUUUGUAAAGACAAAUGUGCUUGGUUUCAAUUAAAAUCAAAGAAGUCCCACACAGUUAUAUUUUGCAAGUCCUUAUUUCUUAUCCCUACCCCUUCCAAUACAUUUUGAAACCACUUUCAGUCUUGUUAAUUGGUCCAUGAGAUGUUGUGAAGGUUGAUUUUAGCCUGGAGGCACCCAAGGUAUUGCCAUGGCUGUUCUAUAGCUGCAGCACCGGCUUCUCUCCUUGUAUUACGCUAAGUAGGUGUGUUCCCUUGCCCUUUCCAGCUCUCCCUUCCCACCUCCCCCUGCAGGUUAAUAAUAAUCUACUCAAAUGGUAGGUUGAUAUUGCUCACUAGUUGUUAACUAAAGUCCUUAACAUUGUUUAUUUGCAAUAAUGUGUAUAAUUUAUCUCAGAAACUUUGUUUUAAAGGGCUAAUAGCCCUUUGGAUAUGAGCUGUAGGGCUGUCUUGUCAAAAUUCUGCCAAAUAUUGACUUUGCAAAGGGGAUAUCAAGCUGCUGUUUAUAAAUCUGAAUGUCUUAAAAACCAUUCUUUCCUUACUCUUCCUGUCCUAGAUGGUGUCUAGAAAGUCCAUGAGUUUUUGGUUUUCCCCCACUGGCUCCAAUUUUAAUAUACGGUAUUUUUGUAUGUUGAACCUCUGGUGUCUUGUCCUUUGUAUAUGUGGAAAUGUUGAGAACUGC